UACCCAAAAAAUGCUACCUAAAUAUAAAUGGAGAUUGGGCAAAAUUGUUGUGAUCUCACCAACAACGGCGGGUACUGAUCUCACCAACACGAAGCCAGUUGCUGGAAGGAUUCUCAACUUCAACCGGAGCGGACGGUUUCGAGCAACAACCAGAGUGUAUCAGCGGAGCUGUACCUACGCGGCGGCACAUGGAUCACUCUUCACUGCAACUCAUCCGCGACGUCGGAACUAAAUUGAGCAAACACUCUCGCCCAACCAAGGACUACAUAAUCAAAUCCCUCCGACAAGUUGUAGAUGCUUUUGCACGUUUGGAACAGUCACACGUCUCAGAUGCUAGAGCGAAGUCAGAACCAGCUAAGAAAUUGGAUAGUUGUACAAAGCCUCUAAGGAAUUCUAUAAUUAAUGGCCUUCUACGGAAUAAAGAUAAAGAUGUGAGACUUCUAUUAGCUAUAUGUGUUAGUGAAAUGUUCCGGGUCAUGGCACCCGAACCACCUUUCGAAGACGAAUAUCUAAGGGAUAUUUUUAUACUUGUUUUGAGUUCUUUUUCGGAGCUAGCAGAUAAUACAAGUCCACUUUUCUCUUGGAGAGUUAAAAUACUAGAAACGGUGGCACGAUGUAAAUGUUGUGUGAUUAUGCUAGACAUUGGAUGCGAGGACUUGGUGUUGGACAUGUUCAAUACAUUUUUCUCUGCUGUUAGAGACUAUCAUGACCCUAGUUUGGUUAACAACAUUUUGUCCAUAAUGACCCAUAUUCUAAGCGAGGAUGCCUCUCCACCACUUGUAGAUGCUGUUUUACAUAAUCUUGUGAAGGAAGAAAAGGGUGAACCUACAGCUGCUUCUCGCCUUGCAGGUUCCAUCGUUGGAACUUGUGCCGAGACACUUGAACCAUUAAUUUGUGGAUUAUUAACAUCUUGUAUCUCAGAGAGAGAUGUUGUGGGGAGUGAACUCAAAGAAUUUUACCAUGAAAUAAUUUUUAGAAUUUUCCAAUGUGUCCCUCAAAUGCUUCUUCCUGUGAUUCCAAACUUGACUCUAGAGCUUUUGACAGAUCAGGUUGAUGUUAGAAUAAAAGCAGUUAAAAUCAUCGGUAGACUUUUAUCUCUACCUGGAAACUCUGUAGCACAGAAGUACCGAGGACUUUUUAUGGAGUUCUUGAAAAGGUUUGCUGACAAGUCUGCAGAAGUUAGAAUUCAUGCAAUCCAAUGUGCUAAAGAUUGUUAUUUGGCCAAUCCUGAUUGUUCAGAAUCUAUGGAAAUUCUUGCUGCAGUAGAAGAACGGUUACUAGAUGUGGAUGAUAGAGUGAGAACACAAGCCGUAAUUGUUGUUUGUGAUAUCGCCCGAUCAAAUAUCAAAUUUAUUCCACUGACACUAAUAUCUCAAGCUGCUGAAAGACUACGAGAUAAAAGGAUAUCAGUUAGGAAAAAAGCCCUCCAGAAAUUGUUGGAAGCAUAUCGAGAUUACUGUGAUCUAUGUUCUAAAGGCCAAUCGACUAUGAAUGAUGCCUUUGAACAGAUCCCAUGUAAAGUCUUGAUGCUUUGCUAUGAUAAAGAUUGUAAAGAGUUCAGGUCCCAAUGCAUGGAACUUGUUCUUGUGGAAGAUUUAUUCCCAGCUGAUCUCUCCAUUGAGGAAAGAACUAAACACUGGAUUCGUUUAUUCUCUCUUUUCAAUAACCAUCAUGAAAAAGCCCUUAGACAUGUUUUGCUGCAAAAAAAGAGGCUACAAAAUGAGUUGCGAACUUAUUUGGGUCUACGAAAAAGGGACAAGGAGAACCGAUCAGAAGAAAUAGAAAAGCAAACUGAAACUGCACUUGUCAAAAUGGCAGCUUGCUUUCCAGAUCCUACAAAAGCAAAGGAAUCCUUUUAUAAAUUAAAUCAAAUUAAAGAUAAUAAUAUUUUUAAUUGUUUGGAGCUUUUGCUUGACCAGUUGACAUUCAGUGAAGCAGAAGCCACCCGAGACAAAUUGUUGAGGAUGGUAGGAAGUAAACAGCCUCAUUUUGAGUUUUUGAAAUCACUCUCGUUAAAGUGCUCGUAUAAUUUAUUCAGCACUGAACAUAUACACUUUGCAUUAGACUGCAUUUUGAGUGACAGAGUUGGAAACAAACAUUUGGAGGGUCCUACUGGGAAGCUUCUACUGGCUGUUAUCAGCAUUUUCCCCUCACUCAUCAGAGCCUUGGAGGACCGACUGCCGAGGUUGUUGGAAGAAACAAAUUCAAUUGAUAGUAAGCUGAUUGAUGUAUUGUCAAAAGCAGGCCAUUCUUUAUCAAUUGAACUCAGAGAUGUAUACCCAUUUCUGGAGAGAUUAUGCUUGGAGGGUACUCGUGGUGAAUCAAAGAGCGCAGUUUCUGCAAUUGCAGCUUUAGCUAGUAAUUCUGAGGAUUUUUGGUUCUCCAAACUAUGUAAGGAACUUGCUAAUUUGCUAAGCAGGGGAAUGAAUCUCCCAACAGUACUGCAAUCUUUAGGUUGUAUUGCGAAAUAUUCUAUUUCGACAUUUGAUGAUCAUGAUCAGGAUGAGGGGAUUGUAGCUUCUAUAUAUGAGAAAAUCUUCCAAGUGGAUUUAUCAGACAAUUUAAAUAAAUUAGAUGGUGAUGCCAGCAGCAUUUCUUGUGAUUUGAAGAUUUAUGGGUUGAAAGCCCUCGUUAAGAGUUUUUUGCCACAUCGAGGGACUCCUAGAAGAAACGUUGAUGAGUUUCUGAACUUUUUAUCACGGAUGCUGAGCAUGUGUGAAGCUUCUGUUGAGAUCAUCCCUACUAAGGAUGAUCAGGCUCAAAUCCAAUUAGCUGCUGCAAAAUCAGUUCUUCGUCUUUCUAAAAGAUGGGAUUUACAAAUUGCACCAGAGAUUUUCCGUUUGACAAUCUUGACAGCAAAGGACUCCUCUUCGAUGUUUAGAAAGCAAUUUAUUGACAAAGUACACAAGUUACUGAAGGAGCAGGCUAUACCUACUCGAUAUGCUUGUGCUUUUGCAUUUUGCAUCUCGGAUAGCUUGAAAGAUCUUCAAGAUGAUUCACGUAAAUAUAUGGCAGAAUUUAUUGAGCAAUACAGUAAGAUAGCACAGAUUCAUCAAACUUCUGUGGUUCAGGAUGGGUCAAUGACUUUUGUCCCAGCAUAUAUAGUAGUAUUCUUGAUAUAUAUUCUAGCUCAUGAUUCCGGCUUCCCACAUGUAGACUGUCAAGAUGAAAAUGUAUAUGCUCAAUUUUGCAGGCCAUUCCUAUCUGUGUUGCAGAUGUUAGUUAAUGUAGAUGUAAAUGUUGCCCAAGAUACUGUUUUGUAUUUGCACAGUAUCUUUCGUGCCAUUAGGAGGGUUGAGGAUGCUGCCGAUAUCAAAACAUCACCUAAGUUGCACAUCUUGGCGGACAUCGGACUCUCUUUUGUAACAUCUCCAAAUUAUUCUGGAGUUUCCUUGUCAGGUGCUCCAAAGCAUAUUUUGCUGCCAGUAUCUCUAUACAGAGUAAAUUCCGGGCAGCUUCCUCAACAUGGUUAUGAAAAAUGUUUUGUCGGAAGAGUUAUUAAAGCAUUUCAUUCAGAAAUCUGUAAGCCGGCUAAUGUUUCUACAAGGAGCGAUCAAAAGUUCCUGGAGAGUACCAUGCAAACAAACAUCAAUCCGUGUUCCUCAAAGAGCACAAAAGCCUGUAAGCAAGUUGAAGCCAUUUCCUCCAGAGCAACCAAGAUCAAUAAAACUGUGAAUCAGGAGAUCAAUCCAUGUUCCUCAAAGAGCACGAAAGGCUGUAAGCAAGUUGAAACCAUUUCCUCCAGAGCAACGAAGAUCAAUAAAACUGUGAAUCAUGAGAUUAUUGUUGGACGGAAGAGAAGACGGGCAGUCUCUCCGACGACGUCCAAAUCAAUCGAGUUGCGUGAAUGUUCUCAAGUCGCAAAUAUUAGUGGGCAUGUAGAACUGCUAAGCUCGGAUAGUGAGAGUUAAGAUGCUAUACACCAUAUGGUUUCCUGGUGGAAAGGACCUUGAAGAUGAGCAAUGGGUCAGAGACAUAUACCUUAGUUUAUGGGAGUGGAGCAAACCACACAAAUCAAAUGGUAGAGUGUUUUGUCCUUAUAGAAACUAACACUUUGGAUUUUCCAAAAGGGAAAAAGUAAAUAACAAAAAAAAGAAAAAAAAAAGUUAAGAUAUAGAUGAAAUUAGAUGUGUGCAAGCUCUAAGCUAAACUUCAUCCAAGGCCAUCCAAUCGUUGGCUUCUUUCAACCAUUUCCACAUGUAUAUAAUAUCCCCCAGCAUCGAAGAAAAUUCUCUUUUGUAUAGAAAAACAUUAUUUAGAUAAUCAUUUAGUUGAUCUCAGCAGCAAUUUUGGAUGGUUUUUAA